AUGUCUUCCACAUUAUACAAGCAAUCAACAAAUUUUACUCACAGCACUGGUUCGUUCUUGCAGAGCGCGCCAGUCGAAUUGGUUACCGUUAGCGGGUACGAGGAAUUCAUUGCCAAGAAUGAAAAGCACGAUAAGAAAAUCUCUACGAUCUUAAACGAAGAUAAGUCUAUGGGUUACGCAAUGCAGGAUGGUCAAGUCGUUGCAACUAUUCAUGGCGAAGCAAAGGAUCACUUAUUGUCCUUGGGUGGGUUUUAA